AUGGCAAAAUCAAAGGUGCUUUAUUCAAAUGAUCUGCACAACGCAAAACUGAAGAAAGCAGCAACAAACCGACCAUCCAUAGAUAGCUGUCAGAUUGUUGCUAUUGGACGAAAUGGAUCAAAGGCGAUUUCCAAUACUGGCUCGUCUGAAUGUUCUCUUCAGAAGGAUAUUUACGGCAGAUUCCAAGUAUCACAUUUCAAAAUCAAUCUAAAAGCAGUUUUUAAAGUAAAGAUUGAUAAACAGUACACGGACAACAGAUCAAAUUUUGUGCCUCAGGAACAGUUUGGAAUAACCGAUCUUGGUGUAGAAGUAUACAAGUUUUCCGUCAGAAAUCAAAGCCAGUUUGUAUGUAAGAAAUCUUUGAAACCUUCAGAGGAUCCGGAAGAUACCGUUGUACAAGAAAACUUUACAGUUUAUACCAAUGAAACAUUAGCAGAUGGUGAAAGAUUAUGCCUGACAUUUAUUGCAAAAGCUGGUGGAUACUUGAUAUCUGCAGACGAGAUUAAUCACAGCAAUACAACAGUACCAUAUAAGAAAACUGAAAAGAGAAAGCAGCUCUGUUAUAUUUAUGACAAGAUGCCACCGACCUUUGAUCCUACUUAUCAUUCGACUGAACCACUCACGUUGUCUAAAAGGUUAACAACCUCGAAUCAUAUAAAAGCAUAUUUUGGUGGUUGGUUUGACCCGUACCCAGAUCAUGGAACUGCGUCCCUGGCAUCUGGAAUUAAAUCCUAUGCAAUCAGCGUGUACGAAGUCAAAGAAGCCACUGUAACAACAUUAAUGAGGGAUACAACUUCUGUUGCGGGUCCUUACAGUUCUACCAAAAAUAUAACAGAAGUAGACAUACUUUUACCAGACAAAAAUCCAAUGUUAUAUGCUAUUUUACUCGAAGUGACAGACAGGGCUGACAAUGUUAGACAAGCGCGACGUUUUGUUUUGUACGAUAACUCAUCAAAGAUUGCAAAGAAUGAAUUAAUACCUAUCAGGGUUGAUUCCGCAUCAAACCAAACAAAUUUUACAUGGCAAAUACAUCAUGAAAGUAUUUGUUAUUCAUGGAAAAAUUGUUUUUUCAAUAACUUUUACAAAAAGAACAAUCCACUACGUCGUAUCAGGACAGAAGCCUUAAACUCAACAGGUGGCAUGUACGAUCAAAUGUCAGGCGUUUUACCGGUGACGGGUACAACAAAUAUCUAUGGUUUGACUGAUUUUUAUUAUUCCUUGAUAAUCAACGAAAAGAAUGUAGAUUCCGGAAAAGUGAGAAAUAUAACGUUACAGUCACUAUGCCUUAAACCUAGUAUGAACGACGGAGACACAUUCUUACUCCGUCUUCAAGGCAGAGAUAUCAUGAACCAUACACUCAAUGAUAGUAUACAAGUUCAUAUCGACCGAUCUGUACCGGAAAUAGCUGACAUAUGGUUAAUUCGUAGUGGAGAAAAACAGCUUUAUGUCCAUCAUAGCGCAGAUUUAUCCAUUAUGCAUUUAGAGUUUAAGGCAUUUGAUUUACAUAGUGGAGUUCGGGAAAUAAAAUGGGCGUUUGGUUUUUAUGAAAACAAAACUGUCCUGAUCGAAAAAUCAAUAGCUGUUGAUGAAACAAACGAUUUGAGUUCAUGUUCCAAUGCAACGACUUGUUACUGUCCAAUAGUUGGCGAGUGUACAUCAACAACGUAUUUUGCAGAACUAACAAAGUUAAAAACACUCAAUAAACAUAACGGAAACCAUAACAGGAGAUAUUUCUUUACCGUCAAAGCAACAAACAAUGCCUUUCUUGUCGCUUACGACCAUAUAGACAUAUUAGUUGACGAAUCCCCACCAGAAGUUGGAGUAGUUUUGGAAGGUCCAAUAGGCAGUCCUGAUAUAGACUAUACAAGUAUCAAUCAGUUCACUGUACACUGGCAUGGAUUUAUCGACCACGAGAGUGGUAUCAAGUUCUAUAGAGUAGGCAUCGGUAGAAACUGUAUCAGCAAUUUGAAUAUCAAAGAAGCAAGUGAAAUGAAUGGUUCUUUUGUACUGGAUACCACCCAUGAAUCUACAAAAUUAGCGUUUCCAUAUGGUCAAGGCAAAUAUUAUGUGACGGUUAUGGCGUUUAAUCACGCAAUGAGUCCUUCAAAGAUUGCAUGUUCAGACGGAAUAACAUUCGAUAAAAGUAUUCCUGAAAUAGUAAACGUUAGCAUUAAACAUGCAAAAACUGUAGAAUCAAUCGGUUGUUAUGACGGUGUUUCAUGGCUUAUAAAACAGAAUCUCUCAAGAAUUAAGUUAUAUGGUGAUGAGUGCAGUAAAUUAUGCACAAACAAGAGUAAUGAUGACAUGUUGAGUUUACUUCCUAUAAUACAGAACAAUACAGGCGAAGGUACAGCAGUAUCAUCUUUCAUGUGCCACACUAUGAGUCGUUAUAAACACGACUUAAUCUAUACACCGACGGAUCUUUUUCAAAUUACAUGGGACAUCGUUGAGGAUUAUAGCCAGAUAUCUCAUGCCUAUGUGGGAUUUGGGAAAGAUGUAUCCGUAAUUGAUAGUCCUAACUUAAUGGAUUAUACUAAAACACAUCACCUCACAAGUUAUAUCCAACAUCAUCCAGGGCUUAUCGGUGAAAAAGCUAUAUUCAUAUUCAUCAAAGUGAAAAACAGAGCUGGUUUAGACCAGAAGAUUUGGUUUGGACCAAUAUUAGCCGAUGAAACACCACCCGUUUGCCAGGAUAUUUCAAAGCCUGUUAUUGAUAAUGGAUUUGUCAUUGCGCAAUGGGAUAAGAACACAUUUUACGACACAGAACAGACAGAAGAAAUUGGAUCAGUAAUGUUUCGUGUUGGCGUGGAAUGUAAGUAUAUAACACCUUUCCUUGAGUGGGACAUAACAUCACACGGAGGUCAAUGCGGUAUACAUCACCAAUGCAUCAAAUACCCUGUUAAAAAGUUGCAAAUGUAUGAUUCCGAGAAAAGUGUAGACUUCCAUAUUCAAAUGCAUGUAUACAACUAUGCUGGACAUUAUUGCAGUAUAAAUACACCUUCUUUCAAACUACCAAAUAUAAUUCAACCCCGACAAGGGAUAGUUUUAGAUGUUGACACUGGAAGUAAAGGCUGUUAUCAAGAUUUAGAUGUUAUAUAUGACGCUAAAGUUUUCUGUUUUGUAAUGAAAGGUUUUACAAAUGAGGAGAUAAAAUUUGAAGUAGGAGUCGGUACCGUUAACAAAUCCGAUGAUGCAAUAACUUUUCACGUGUUUAACGCAACCAAUGAUGAAAGAGCGUGCGAAUCUAUAGGCCAACUCAGAACAGAGAAACAAUAUUAUGUGACUAUCAAGGCAUCUUAUGCAAAUCGGGAAAUCUACAGAGUUUCGUCCGAUGGGUUUGUGAUAUUAAAUAGUACAUCUGUGACGUCGUCAUUGACGAUUUACCAUGGUAUUCGAUGUGGGGUUGACAACGUUUUGGAUGAAUGGAUUAUCUCAUCAUCAUCAACUUUACUUCAACUUUCUCAACCUCUUCAACAUGGCGUCAGUUAUUCGUUGUUAACGGAUAAUACAAACGCAUCAUUUACAAUAUCAAACACAAAUGUUCUUGUCAAAUCUCGAAGCCAAAUUUUGAAUCAGAUGAUUAUAACAUUUAUUCCAUUAGUUUCCGUCUCGAAGAUUACCAUCGAUGUAGACAGUAAUAAUUCGAAUAAAUCUUCAAAUGUUUCAUUAUUUCUCUAUCAGUGUGAUCCAGACAUGGAACUGCAAUUUUCGACUUCGUUACUUCCUGUUUACUGGUCGAUUGGCGAGAAAUAUAAGCAGUAUGUAUCACAUUAUGAAGUAGCACUAUGCCAAAUGACAAAUGAUACUACUUGUGAAGGCAAACUUUUGUACGAAUCUGUUGGGACGGAUCGAUAUAAAUAUUUUCAUGGGAAUUUUAAGGAAUCUGUUUACCAGGUAUUUGUUAAGACGUGUUUUGGAUUGAAAUGUCUUAAGCCUUCCAUUUCGAGUGACAUUGUAGUUGAAACAGUAACAUCUAAGAAGAUAAAAGUCCAGGCGUCUCUUCAAUUGGAGGAUACUUGCACCAACACAACUGUGAAAUGGCAGAAAUCAACAUGCACUGUAUUGUAUAAAGAAACCAUUCCAGCUGGUUACAGAUGGUCCUUAUUCAAAGACAGAGGCAAUACAAUGCUGACUGACUGGAAAGUCUAUAUAGGAAAAGAAACUGAUGAAAACAAAGGACUUUUUACGGAUUCUGACUGUCUAGACAUACCAGUUUAUCUUCACCAUCAAACAUAUGUUUGUAUAGAAGCAUUCUGUCCAGCAGGCGAUAUCAAACAAACUUGCAGCAAAUCUACAGUGAUAGACGACCCAAACAUCUAUGAUAAAAAUAUUAUUUAUGAUUUAAAUCUGAAUAAUCCUGUCAUUAAGCGCAUAUUGGAACUACAACACAGUUCUAACAUUGGAAAAUACUUGCAAGUUCUACACGACAAUGAGAUGGAUUUCGCUGAACAGAAUGUAAAAAUUUCUGGGUUUUUACUAGGAGUAGUCGAAGUUUCAGUAAAAUGGUUUCUUAUGAAAUAUCAAGUAAUUCCAUCUAUAGAUUGCUCUCUUGACUUGUCAUGCUUGUUUACAACGGAUACAACAACUGGUUUCGUUAAUUUUGAUAAUCCAUAUUUAAACGAAAACGGAAUACUGUAUAUAUGCGCUGUAACAGAUUCGUUUGAAGGUUGUAGUGAUGGAUUCUUAGUUGAUGAUGACAUACUUAAGGGUGGCAGUGUUUCUAUAUUAUCAAGAAAUGGUUAUGUAAUUGAAGGCUCAUCAAUGAAUAUUCAUUGGUCAGGGUUUAGUGGGAGUUCAAAAGUAAUAGACAUGGGAUAUCCAAAUGCAGUUGCAUCUUACCAAUACGCAAUAGGUACCAGUAUCGGAGGAACUGAUAUUGUAUCCUUUACAACAGCUGGUCUGGCAGACUUUGUUGUAGUUACAGGCUUGCGCUUACAACCUGGGCAAAUAUAUUAUGCUACUAUUCGAGCUUAUGAUCAUUUGAAUAGGUAUGUUGAAAGACAUUCAGAAGGCGUUAUUUACGACAACACCCCACCUUUAUCCGGCACAACACAAGUUGAAAGAGGAACUAUAUAUUUUGUGAAAACUCAUCGAAUUUCUGUACGGUGGUUUGGGUUCGAAGAUAACGAAAGUGGAAUAAUACAAUUCAAAAUGGGAAUAGGUUCUACAAACAACUCGGCCGAUAUUGUGCCUUUCCAUGAGACUAACAUAUUUGCAGAAAUUAACGAAGAUAGUCGAUUGACUGAUGGACAUCAGUAUUAUGCUUUCGUCAAGGCAAUAAACGGAGCUGGUCUUUCCUCAUUUUCUGUAUCGACGCCGUUUGUUAUUGAUAGUACAGCUCCAGUAAUUGGACAUGUCAUGGAUAUAUGUCUUCCAGUCAAUCAAGGCGAAACAGAUGCAGAUAUAGACUACCAGAGGAAUACGACAAGUAUAACUUGUAAAUGGAGAGGAUUUUAUGAUCCACAUUCACAGAUUGAUAGAUACUAUGUUGGACUUGGUUUUACAGCUGGCAAUGACGAUAUAGAAACACUGACACACGUUGGGUUGAAAAACACAAAGACCUGGACAUCAACCUUUGUUCAAGGAGUUAGGUAUUACUGUAUACUAAAAGCAUGUAACGGAGCAGGACUUUGUAGUCAUGGUGCAUCAAAUGGUGUAUUGAUUGACAACUCUGCUCCUAUACCUGGCUUAGUAGUUGUUGGAGAACCCGGAAUUCAUUCAAGAUACCAGUCUGAUAACUCAUCACUACAUGCCACAUGGAUUGGAUUUGAAGACCCACAAUCCGGUAUCGACCAUUUUGAAGUAUGCAUUGGUACUACGCCAUUGUUAUGUGACAUUAUGGAUCGUUGGAAUGUAUCUUUAUCAUCAUCAUUUGUUAAAACUCAGCUUCAACUUAAAGAUGAUGUGCAUAUGUUUGUGACUGUAAGAGCCUGUAAUAAAGUGAAACUUUGUGUAGAAAGAUCUUCGCAAAGUUUUAUAAUAGAUGACACUCCACCGGUUUUAAUAAAUCGACCGUUUAUAGAAAGUGUAAAUGGUAAUCAGUCUAGUAUCCUUCAAAUAAUAUCAGACCCCUCUUUCUUCAAAAUUAGGUGGAGUUUUUACGAUGACCGGAGUCCAAUAAUACGAACUACAAUCUCGAUCCAAAGCAAAUUAGACUCCCAUAUUCCAAUGUCGGACACUGUUAUAUCAAAUGAAAAUGUAUUUACCGUGAAAUUGGUAAAUGACGAUCGACUUCGUCUCGGAGACAUUUAUGUAGUAAAGGUGACAGCUUGCAACGCUGCCUUACUUUGUAACACUGCGAAUAGUGAAGAGGUCUUGCUGGAUUAUUCUCCUCCUCAAAUUGGGGGAUUUAUGCCACCAUUAAAUUGGGAAGUGAUUCCAGGGACCACAAACUCUAUAAGAUUUAAUUUGACGUGGUAUGGUUUCAGUGAUGUAGAAUCUGGAAUAAGAUCAUAUUAUAUAUCAAUUGGCUAUGAUUAUAGUAGGGCUGAUAUCAUUGAAGCUUAUAAGUUUAACCCUGAUCAACCAGAUCCGGGAGGUAUUCAGAAUACAACCAUAAACUUAGACACUACCACCAAGUUUCCCGAGGAGCUAGUUUUAACUAUCUGGGCAGAAAACAAUGUAGGUCUGUUAAGUUCUCAGAAUAAAAUAACAGCUUAUGUAUCAAGUUUCAACCGGAAUCAUACCAAAGGAAAUUUCGUUAUACAGAAACAUUCUUGUGUUGCAGAAUAUUGCAACAACGACUGCACAUGUGCUGUUGUUGGACAUAAAUGUAAAGCCGAUUCUCAAUCGAUGUGUAAUAGCAAACCCAAUAACAAUGAUGAAAGUGUAAGAAUAAUUAUGCCGAACACCGAUAUAGGUAUAAGUGGAUCGUUGUCAUGCCUAAGGUCGGAAUGGACAGACAACUUAAACAAAACAAUAUGGCGUUUUGAAUACACAUUUGGUUUACAGAACGAGCAGCCAGGCGAGGGUGUCUUCAAUUUAGUAUCAGAAAACCCUUGGCGUGAUGUCGGAAAGGAGACAAAAGCCAUUCACUGUCUAUCUCCGAGCAAUCAACUGAAACAUAAGGCGAUAUAUGUUGCAUACGUUAGAGCAUGGUACUCGUUUACAUUAUAUAAAAUAUUCCAAUCGGAACCAGUUCAAAUCGACCACACGUCACCUGCUAUACACAAGCGAUAUUUUGUUAUCGAUUCCAUAUCAAACUGUGAGGAGGAUGUAGAUUAUAUUCUAUCAACAGAUUCUGUAUCAUCCUGCUGGAAUGGUGUAUUUUAUGAUGACGAAAGUGGAAUUGAGAAGUUUAUGGUAUCCCUCGGAACUUUACCUUAUGCUGAUGACAUUAUGCGUAUGCAUGAUGUUGGUCACAAGACAAGCAUAAAAUGGAAUAGCCUGUCUUUUGAACCGGGAACUAGAUAUUUCACGACUGUAAGAGCAAUCAAUAAAAUUGGCCUACAAACCGAACUAUGCUCCGAUGGGUUUCUGAUUGAUAAUAUCGCGCCUAUUGCUGGAAUAGUUUACAAUACUGGACAUCAAAGGGACGCCAUUUACCAAUCUAGUAAUCAACCAGUUCAGUUCUCCUGGCAUGGAUUUGAGGACGAACAUUCGUUUAUUGAUUCAUAUUACAUAGGAUUUAUUGUUAAUGGCAAAAGUCCAUUGGUAAAUGAAUCAUCUAGUUUUCAAAAGUUAGAUAUUCAAGACCACAAAGUUUACAAUGGGAAUCUGAACCAUGGAGACACGAUUUCAGCCAUGGUUAAGGCUAUUGACAAGGCUGGCCAUGAAAGUCCCAUUGUGACGUCACUGCAAUUGUUAAUAGACAAUACACCGCCUCAAUCGUUUGAUUGUAACCAUUUUGAUAAGAUAUAUGAAAAACAGAUCACUGGAAAAAAUAGGUGGUUAGACCAAAUAACAUGUCAUAAAAACAAUGUUUAUAAGAUAAUAGUCUCUAUUACCGAAGUUACGUUUGACUUUGAAGCUGUGUUGGCAGUUGACGAUGUCUCAAUGGUUCUACCUUUUGCUCGUAAUUCAGAUGGUUCUUUGAUAACAGAAUACAAUUUCUUUGCAUUUGAAACGGCACCGCAUCAUUUUUCCUUAGAUGUUCAUGGGGGUUCAAAAUCAACAAAAAUGUCGAUAAGCGUCUUAAAAUGUUCCUCUAUAAAUAUAGAGGCGCAUGAUAUUGAAACCAUUACUGCCCAACAAAUUUCACCUGACAGAAUUUCCAUUUGUGUUCGAGCGAUCGAUCUAGAAAGUAGCAUUAAGCACGUCAACAUAGGAAUUGGAAGCAUCAACGGUAGUUUUCAAUUACAGACGAUGAAGUCAGCAAUCUCAUCAUCACAUCGUAUGCAUGACAUUGUAGAGACUAAUCUGACACAUGGUGAACGUGUUUAUGUUCAAGCUAUCGUUAUAAACCAUGCGGGAUUACAAACUGAAUUCACGGCUCACCCAUUUGUAGUUGAUCACACUCCGCCCGUAAUUCAAAGCUUAGAAUCAUUUCUAGAGUACCGAGUUGAUUCCCAGAACGACACAACCACCUUUGUUCAUUCACGAUGGCGUGUUAUUGACGAUGAAAGUGAUGUAAAAUUUUGUGAAUACUGCAUCGGAAUUUCAGAAUCGUCCCCUGAAAUAAUAGGUUGGACAGCUACAUCAUCAAUAUCAUUUUCUCAGUCAGAAACAUUUAAGGUCCAACACGGAAGCAGAAUAUUCCUGAAACUUCGCUGUAUAAAUGGUGUUCAAUUAUCUGGAUAUGCGCAUAACGAACCGUUGGUGGUCUCUUACAUUCCACCAUCAAACAUUGUUUCAAAAAUACAAUUUCUUACCGACACAGGAAUAAGUAACGUAACUGGAGACCAGAAGACACUUACUUUCCGAUGGGAUAAUUUUCACGAUCUUUCCGGAAUUCAGUCAUAUUCAACACGAGUUUUUAGAAACAAAACAGUGUUCUCGGAUAUUCGAACUCCCAACAAGAAUUACAUUCAAAUAAAAAAUGUACCCAUGAAAAACAAGGAAGCAUACAGCGUUGAUGUCGUAGGAACAAAUGUCGGAAAUAUCUCCAGUAUCCCCAAACAGGCGUCAGUGAGAUGUGAACAUAAUAAACCGUUAUUAUCAGGGAAAGGGUUCAGCUAUGGUACCAAUUAUAUAGACUGGAAGGAAGUGUUUCAAUCCAAAGAUAUAGGUUCAUUCCAGGUAGCAAUAGGCUCUGCAAAAGGAAUGUCAGAUAUUUUAAUGCCAUCUACAACGACCGAAACAAGAGUCACCAUUGAUUUAUCGCAAGAUUAUCAUGAAAUAAGGGCAGUCGUCACUGCCACGUCGUUAACUGGAAUGUCUACAACAUAUCGACAAACUAUAUUACUAUAAUGAGCCAUACAAAUGAAAUUGUAUAUAAAGAAUUCGUUUUAUUUUCAUUUUGUUAUAGUGUAUGGACUUUUUGUUCGCUAAACAAUUAAUUUACAAAUUGUGUUAUAUAGUUCCGUCCAAAUUGUAAUAUAUAAUAAAUAGGUAUUGCUGCAUAUUUAAUACCACUUUGUUGCUGUA